AUGCAAAAGCGGGCUUGCUUCUAUGCAGUCCCCUUCCUCUCCCCCUACAUUUUUCCAUUUCCCAGAUCAGGCUGCAGCUGUGGGACACAGCCGGCCAGGAGAGGUUCCGCAGCCUCAUUCCCAGCUACAUCCGUGACUCUGCUGCAGCUGUCAUUGUCUUUGACAUUACAAGUUCGGCUACAGCUUUGGGACACAGCAGGCCAGGAGCGGUUCCGCAGCCUCAUUCCCAGCUACAUCCGCGACUCCACCAUUGCUGUGGUAGUCUAUGACAUUACAAAUCUGAACUCGUUCCAGCAAACCUCCAAGUGGAUUGAUGAUGUGCGAACAGAGAGAGGAAGUGAUGUCAUCAUCAUGUUGGUGGGGAAUAAAACUGACCUGGCAGACAAGAGGCAAAUCACUACGGAGGAAGGUGAGCAGAGAGCCAAAGAGCUGAAUGUGAUGUUUAUUGAGACAAGUGCGAAGACUGGAUACAAUGUGAAACAGCUUUUCCGCCGUGUGGCUGCUGCCUUACCUGGGAUGGACAGCACACCUGAGAAGAGCAAAGAAGACAUGAUUGACAUCAAGCUAGAGAAACCUCCUGAGCAGCCAGUAACGGAGAGCGGCUGUUCCUGCUAAAGUGCCCGUUGUAUAGCAACACUUUCCCUGAUUGGCCAGUCUCACCGAAGAGCAUCACUUCUCAUUGGCUAGGCAAACCUACUUUCUGUGAACUGAAGAAACAGCUAAUCAAUCUACUAAGUCAGCGAGCUCCCUGUUAGCUGGUGGGGAACAGCCCUGGCUGCCCCUCCUAUUGCAUGGUAUGAGCCCUGAGUGCAGAAUGAAUGUCAUGUCGUCCUCUUUUAGUAGUGCACUUUGGCACCACGGUGCCCUUUACUCCAUCCCACACCUUGGGCCUAUCUGCACAGGUGUCUUUUUCUAUGAAUGCAACAAAAAAGCUGCCACGUUAGGGAAAACAAAAAUAAAGCUGGGGGUUGGUUCUCCACCUCCCUAAUUGCCUUGCAUCUUAAUCAGUUUUCCUUCCACUCCAGUAAUUUUUUCUCUCCCAUGCACCACUUCCUUUUUUUAUUUUUUUUUUUUCCCCUUCAGAGGCUUCUCCUUUAAAACUAGUCACAAUUUGUUUUGGCCUUGCCUGUUUUGAAAGUUGGGGGUGAUCUGUUCUCCAUGUCCUGCUUCCUGCAGAGGUUGCACAGUACAGGCUUCCCAGUCCCUCCCUCCUGUGGUUGGUCUUAGCCAAUUCCUGGGUCUUCUCUUUUGAGAUUUGGGAGAAGGAACUUCCCUGCCCUCCUUACUUCCCGCAUCAGUGUGAGUGAGAGCUGAGCACUGGCCAUUCUACUCCCAAUCUGCUCUAGCACAAGCCACUGAUCUUGUUUGCUCCCUUUGUCCUGUGGUGGGUAGAAUUCCCCAGGAUCACUGGCUUCAGUUGGAUUCUUUACCCUGGGGAAUGCUGUCAGCUGCAGGGGAGGAGGUUAGACAGACUUGCUGCAGCAUUCAGUCUCUGUGGGAGAGCCUGCCUGACUUCAUCUGUGGAUGACCUGGGCUCUAUCUGCAGGCUGCAUAUGGAAUCUAGAGUUUAUCCCUAGGAUGGCAGUAUUAGGACUGGGCAUCCCAGGUCCCAUUCUGGUUAUCUUCACCUGCAGACAUAUUCCUUUUUCUUGUGGAACAUGCACAACCUACUGUCUGCUAGCCAGACAUAGGAUACAAGCUACACAGUUACUAGUUAUGCAGAAAUGGGGCUUGCACUGCAGAAGUGACUCAAUCCAGUGCCAGCAGCUCCAACCAAUGUGGUGGAAGGGCAGCUGAGCAUCUUGUAUUCCACUAGAUUGAAUCUGGGUAACAGCAGUUUUAUUCUUUUAACUAUCUAGUGCAGGGGUCGGCAACCUUUCAGAAGUGGUGUGCCGAGUCUUCAUUUAUUCACUCUAAUUUAAGGUUUCGUGUGCUAGUAAUACAUUUUAACGUUUUUAGAAGG